UAAAUUCAAAUUUAAAACAAGAUACAUUCAUUUACGACUCUGCUACCUCCCCAAAUCAAUAUAUACUUACACCUAUACACACAACAUUUGAAACCCUAAUUUUCACUCCGAGCUUCAUCAAUGGCGGACGAUGAAAUCGCCGAUGUAAUUGUGACCAACGGCGGCUCCAAUCACAACAAUCACGCCUCAAAGAAGCAAAAGAUUCAGUCUUUAAUCACAAGCUCCGAGAUCCGAUCCGAAUUCGCGCACCACGACCCGGGAACGGCUCGAAUCAACAACGGCAGCUUCGGGAGCUGCCCCGGCUCGAUUAUCGAAGCUCAGAGAAGGUAUCAACUUGAAUUUCUUAAGCAGCCUGAUAGAUUUUUUUAUACUGAGCUGCAACCUCGUGUUCUUCGGUCUCGUAAAAUGAUUAAAGAAUUGAUUAAUGCUGAUGAUGUUUCCGAAGUUUCGAUAGUUGAUAAUGUGACUACUGCUGUUGCGAUUGUGUUGAGGCAUGUGAGUUGGGAGUUUUGUGAGGGGAGGUUUGAGAAAGGGGAUGUGGUUGUGAUUCUUGAUUGUGCUUUCGACGCGGUGAAGAAGUCGAUUGAGGCAUAUGUGAAGAGGGCGGGCGGGGAGGUGGUGGUGGUGGAGAUGAAGUUCCCGGUGGUUAGUGGGGAGGAGAUUGUGGAGAGGUUUAGGAAGGGGAUUAGGAUGGGGAAAGAAGGGGGGAGGAGGAUUAGGUUAGCGAUAAUCGAUCAUGUGACGUCAAUGCCGUGUGUGGUUGUGCCGGUUAAGGAGAUGGUUAGGGUUUGUAGGGAGGAGGGGGUUGAGUACGUUUUUGUGGAUGCAGCUCAUGCGAUUGGGAGUGUGGAGGUUGAUGUGAGGGAUAUUGGGGCGGAUUUUUAUGUUAGUAAUUUGCAUAAGUGGUUGUUUUGUCCGCCGUCGGUUGCGUUGUUUUAUUGUAGGAAGUCGAGGGUGUCGGAUGGUUUGCAUCAUCCAGUCGUGAGUAGUGAGUAUGGGAAUGGGUUGGCGAUUGAGAGUUCGUGGAUUGGGACGAGGGAUUAUAGUUCGCAGUUAGUUGUUCCGGAGGUUUUGGAGUUUGUUAAUAGAUUUGAGGGUGGGAUUGAUGGGAUCAGGAAGAGGAAUCAUGACGCAGUUGUGGAAAUGGCAGGGAUGUUGGCAGAGGCUUGGGGGACUAGUCUUGGGUGUCCAGCGGAUAUGUGUCCAAGUAUGGCGAUGGUUGGUGUGCCUUCGAUUUUGGGGAUUUUAAGUGAUAAUCAUGCUCAGAAGUUGAGGGCUCAUUUAAGGAAUGAGUUUGGUGUGGAAGUUCCAUUGUAUUAUCAUAGACUGAAAGAUGGCGAGGUUGGAGUUAGGGAUAGGAAUGGACUAAUUACAACUUACGCAAGGAUUUCUCAUCAAGUAUACAACACAGUUGAUGAUUAUUUGAAAUUCCGUGAUGCUGUUAAUCAGCUUGUGCAGAACAAAUUUACUUGCGAGAUGUUGUCCUAAGUAGAGAUGAGAGUUGGAUGGUUAAAGAACCUGGAGACAUCAUCGGGCAGCCAAAGUGGCAGUGGAGUUGGUUGUAUGGACUAGUUGACUCGAAAAAUUACAUUAGAUGUCUGACAAUAAGGAAACAACCUGCAUCACUAUUCUGUAACUUCUAGCUGCAAUAAAGCACGGGGGAUUGUUGCUCCAUUCUUUGUUCUCCUGGCAUUGUAUACCAGAUGUAGUAUUUAAUGUAUACGUUAACAUUAAUCCAUAGGAUAAUGUUGGUUUCUAUUCUAUGUGCCCGGCAGCCUGGGCUAUAGUUGCCUGUGGUUGGUUUCUUGUACGAUUCUGUAAAUUUUUUGCAUCUACGUUAUGCUUAAUCAACUUCUUAGUUUUCUCGCC